ACAAAGUAAUAAAUGUCAAACCAUCUUGAACUUUUUUAGCUCAGAAAACUUUCCAUUUACUUAGGCUGCCAAUUUCCAGUCCAUGAAAGUGGAAAUUGGGUAAGCCGAACGAGGAAUGAAGCAAAAACAGGGUCGGUUCUAAGUCAUUGUCAUCACCUAUCUCAAACCCACGAUGCAAAAUUUCCAUUUUUAUUUCCCCCCACUAAAGAUCUUUCUUUUAUAAAUUCCUGUUUGGCUCUCAAGAAAACGAGCGAGAAACUCUAAGAAAGUGACGCCGUGUAAUUUUCCAUUCCAUCGCACAAUAUGAGUAGUAGGAUUACGUCUUCUGUUUCCUGGUCUCCCUUUUCGCUUGUACCCACUAAACCAAAAAUUACCCAUUAUUCAUCUCCAUCUCUCCUUCCAUUUCGCUCCUCUUCAACUCCUUCAAAUCUCCAAUUUCGUGGAAUUUCACAUUUUCAACCAAAUGGGUCUUCCAGAUUAUUAGCUCGUUGCAGCUCUGGUGAUGGUGACAGCAGGACCAUUCUAGAUGCAUUUUUUUUGGGAAAAGCUUUGGCAGAAGCCUUAACUGAGCGAAUCGAGUCAACAAUUGGAGAGGUUUUGAGUGGGAUUGGUAAGCUGCAAGCUGAACAACAAAAACAAAUUACUGAUUUCCAGGAUGAAGUGAUAGAAAGAGCUAAAAAGGCCAAGGAAAAAGCAGCACGUGAGGCCAAAGAAGUACAACGACCCGUUUCCUCUUCAGUAAUAUCGCCUACAAUCGAAGUUUCUUCGUCUCCAACUUCUUCAAGUCCCGACGCAGAUUCAGAAAGUGGUGUGAAUCAGGAUCCUCCCCUUGGUGACUAAGAGUAAUGGUCACUGUGUCACUUUCUCUUGGUUAUACUUAUAGGGAAUGUAACCUAUUUAUCGAUGAUGAUAAUUAAGUUAUUUGGCUUUGAAAUCAUAUAGUAAUUCCUUAUUUAA